CUCAAACAAGACAAAGAUCGAGGGACCUGUCGCCAAUGAUGCCAACCGAGUCCAGGCACUAUGUGGUCGCACUGGCGGCCCAGCAUGACACCGCCUCGUAUCCUGCCCGCCCAGCUCGUCGUCAUUUCGAGACAUCAUGAUGGGAGACCACGGCGGACGGACAGCUUGGUCAGCCAUUCUCUCCAUAAAAGUGACAGAUCCAUAUUGUCAUGACUAUCUGUAGUCCUUUAAAAGGCUCCGUGGUGACAACAGCAUUGCUUCUACAGCUCGGAGCCUCCAUCCUCUUCGAGCACCACCACUAGCCCCAGAACACCAAAUCCACCAAGGACCGGACAUCACCAUGGCUGUAACAGAUUCCACCGUCGUUUUCAUCAGUGGUGUAGGCAAGGGCAUCGGCGCCGGCAUCGCCAAGCUCUACCUCUCCCGUCCCCACCACAUCGUCAUCGGCUCCGUCCGCGACGUCUCCACGCCCUCCGUCGCCGAGCUCAAGGCCUCUCCCACCGCUCCUCCUGGCUCCAAGCUUCUUCUCGUGCACAUCGAGUCCACCUCCUCCACCGACCCCGCCGCCGCCGUCGAGGCCAUUCGUGCCCAGGGAAUCGAUCACAUUGACAUCGCCAUCGCCAACGCGGGCGCCAUGCCUUCCACCGUUCCCAUCGAGGAGGUUGAUACCAAGGACAUGCUGGAGAACUACCACAUCAACGCCAUUGGCCCUUUGCUCCUCUUCCAGGCGCUCUUGCCGCUGCUCAAGAAGGGCACUGAGCCCAAGUGGGCCAGCGUGUCGACUACUGCAGGAAGUAUUGGCUUGGUUGAUCCGUUGGCGGCCUGGAUCCUGCCGGCGUAUGGAGGCGCGAAGGCGGCGCUGAACUGGCUUACGGCUGGUAUUGCGAGCAGCCAGAAGGAGUGGAUGACUACUAUUGCGCUGCACCCGGGCUUGGUCCAGACUGGACCAGGUAACUGGGUUGCGCAGAAGGUUGGGAUGGGGGAUAAGGCGCCGGUGACGGUGGGGGAUAGUGCGGCCAGUGUUGUUAAGCUGAUCGACGGCCUCACGAAGGAGUCUAACGGCAAGUUUUACAAUGCUGUUGAUGGUACUGAGGUGCCAUGGUAA